AUGGAGGGAGUUAAGAAGAAAUGGAAGGAACUUUUGUAUUCCUUCAGCACGGAAGAUCACUACGCCGAGUAUAACCCAAAUACGUCAGUUCAAGGUCCCAGCGCCUCAAUGGCGGCGGAUGGAAUCAAUGGCAUGGCUUCAUCGUCACAGAUUCAAUUAACAGAAUUUGUGGAUGGCGGCGACUUAGGAGGCAAUGACGGAGUAAGUGAAGCCAUGUUGGCAUGGAGACACAUCGACGCGUGGGCCAGUGAGCAUAAUCCGGACUUGUUUGCUACGUUGAGCGAUCCUUGCACGAGAAACGAUCUCAACAAUGCCGAGAGAGAUCUUUCUAUCACGUUUCCAGCUUCCGUACGCGCAUCUUUGCGGCUGCACGACGGUCAAGAAGAUCUCGAAUCUCUGACAGGUACUUCGGGCUUAAUCUACGGUUUGCAACUCAUGCCAUUGGAUGAAAUUGUUCAUAUGACGCAAACUUGGAGAAAUGUCGCCGAAAACAUGAUGAAGAGAAGAAAAACGCAUGUCCCAGCUGCAACGGUCCAGGGCUCUAGUGUGGAAUUGCCAAACAAAUCAGCAGCCCCACAAUCGCUGAAGACCAAAGGUUAUGGGAAACUAGACAGCCAAGACUACGCCAGUGGUAACCCAGAGCUGCAACGCAAUAUCUCCGCUAACCAUAACAAGCAAUUCAAAAUGGCCCGCAUCCCUCGUCAGAGUUCCAUACCACCAGAUAGCAUACAGCCGGUGUAUGCACAUCCGGGAUGGAUUCCAUUGGUUACCGACAAUGCCGGAAAUCACAUUGGAAUUGAUUUGGCACCAGGUGCCCGCGGAAGAUACGCACAAGUCAUCUUAUUUGGUAGAGAUUUUGACACUAAAUUUGUCGUUGCGGCCAAUUGGGGUGACUUCUUGUUAUCGUUUGCUAACGACCUAGAAAAGGGAAAUUGGUAUCUGGUAGACGAAGAUGAUGAUUUUUUCGGCGGCGAGGGUGAAUUGGUUUUCAGAGAUAAGGAGGCAAAUAGCUCGAUUCGUGAUUAUCUCGAAGUUCUUAAGUCAAGAGCUUGGCAAAAGUGGCAAUCAUCACGGGAAAAACAAAUCGAGAAAUCUAAUGAACAAGCACAGGCAAAAGAUAUUUUAGACGCAACUCCUAGUGAACUAGAGCAUGAAUCGACUUUAUUCGAAAAAUCCCCAUCACCUGAACCUCAAACAGAGACCAAAGGAACAAAUGAUCUAACAAACGAAAGUAUCGUUGAAUCUCCUGCAGAAUCUGUUCAUAGUGUUGAGCUGGAUAAGGAGGAGCAAAAGGAAGAGCCCAAAAGCGAGCCAGCUGAAGUUCAAGAACAUCAAACCUUGUCCGACGAGCAGCCUAAUUUAACGAAAGAACAGUCGCUGGGGGAACAGGUCAAAAAAGAAGAUGUCUCACCAGCAGAGCCUUCCGGAGAUGUCAAAGAACUAAAGGAAGAGUUCGAAAGUAUCGCUCUUUAA